AUGUGUUGUAAAGGAAAGUUGUCAGAAAAUUUGUCGGGGAAAUUAUCAGGAAAAUUUCCGCAAAAUUUGAUCGCAAAAUUUAGAAAACCAAGUACAGAUUAUGUUUUACAACUACUUCAAAAAAAUGGAAAUUACAAUAUUAUCAUAUUAGAACCGGAAUGUACACGUAACGGAAAUAUGGACUUGCUACAAGCUCCGGAAUUUUCCGAUUUUGACAGAAAAGAAUUUUUAAUGCAUAAUUAUAUGGUUAUAAAAAAUUCUCAAUUUUCGAAUGACAAAUCAUUAGAAUUAUAUUCAUUAAAAGAAGAAAAUAGUAAAAGUUAUUUAGUGUUAACAUUUUAUAUAGGAGAUUUUAAUUUCUCUGUUGAUAAUAAUUCACCAUAUGAAGUAAAUUUGAUUUUAAGUAUAAUACCAUCAAAUACAAAAAGUGUUUGUAAUAAUAAUAAUUAUAAUAUUGUUUUCUUAAAAUCGUGUGAUGUUAUGAACCCUGCUGAUUUUGAAAUUUUAGGUGGUCCAAUUAGAUUUACCAUAAGUAAAACAUCUGGAAGUGUUCGAAUUAAUAUAACUGAUUUUUUCAAAAAUGGUACAUGGAGAGCUUUUGUAAAAGAUAAGAUUUCUUUUUUACUAAAACCAGAAGAUAACUGUUACACAGUAUUAGAAAAUAAGUUAAAUAAACCUGAUUUAAUUAUAGAAAAGAAAACUAUGCUUUAUACCGAAUGGGGUGAAUGGUCUCAAUGCUCUAUGGAAUGUGAACAUCAGGAUAAUAUUCAAAUUCGAGAAAGGAAAUGUGCACAUCCAACGGGAGACUGCUUCAAAGGAGACUUAAAAGAAACAAGGCCAUGUCAAAUACCAUUACCUCCAUGUAAUUCAUUAUUUGAAUAUAAAGAAUCUUCAGCCUUUAAAAUUUUUAUGAUUCUUUUGUCUGUAGCUCUCGUUAUAGGGGUAAUAGGAGUGUUAUACCAUAUAUUUUACAAAAGAAAAGGAGCUGAAAAGGAAUUAUACGAAAAUGUAGCUGGAAGAUUUAUGUAUGAGUAA